CUGCUCUUCUAGGAUUGGUAGAAUCGACGACGUGCUGGCGAGUGCGAUCUGGGAACCAAUCAGAGCGCAGGAUGCGGAAUGCCACUAGUCAAUCUCAGCGUAUGGGGGCGGUGCUUAACUCAAAACGGGUGGAUUUAAGAUGCUGAAGCUGUCAGCUGAUUUUGGAGCAACAAUCUCUCCUAUGAAACUCGUUUAUAACGGGUAUUUCACUCCUGCUCCUCAAAACACUGCGAUUAUCCUCCAUAUUUAAUCUGCUGCUGCUGCAGUAAUGGCCGGCCCAUUUGUUCCAGUCCCCUACCCUGUAGAAAGAUGUCCAGCUAUCUGGCAGCUCAGACACGGGAUCAGAAGGACCUCCAGCCUCAGCAAUCUCUCCGUCAACUCGGACUCAUCCCUCUCACAGAACGCCUGGGUGAAGCCAGGGCUGAGGAAGAUGAACAGUUUGGACUGCAGAGCCAGUAGAGAGAGUCUGUAUGAAAGACCACCCUUAGCCACCUUGGUGGGCUACGAGGUCAUGGAGGAGAGGGCGAAGUUCACGGUCUAUAAGGUACUGGUAAGCAGAGAGCCGAACGAGAGCUGGGUGAUUUUCAGAGGAUACACCGACUUCUGCAGACUCAAUGAUAAGCUUAAGGAGGUGUUUCCCAAAUUCAGACUUGCUCUGCCGCCCAAGCGCUGGUUCAAAGACAACUAUGACAUGAACUUUCUGGAGGAGAGACAGCUGGGUCUUCAUGCGUUCCUCCAGAACCUGGUUGCUCACAAAGACGUCACUAACAGUGAUGCAGUACGAGCAUUUUUAUGCCUGGAUGACCCACCUGGUCCUUUCGACAGUCUGGAAGAGAGCAGGGCCUACUGUGAGACGCUAGAGGAGACCAACCAUCGCCUGCAGAGGGAGCUGCUGGACAAACAGAGAGAACUCGAUUCUUUGAGAACAAUCCUGGAGGACCGACAGCUCCAAAUCAGCAGAUUGGAGAAAACAAAGAAUGGCAUCUGCAGUGCCCAGGAAGAGAGAAGUGAAUUCCUGGCAGUGCAUGUUGAGAGCAGUGUUGAGGCUGGUGUGAACACAGAAGUCGACACAGAAGAGGCCUUUAUAGCAGUAGAGAUGGACUACACCAUGACCCCGGACCGAAGUUUAGAGAUCCAGUUGCCAAAGAGAGGCUAUGGAGCUUGCUGGAGUGGACCAUCGACUGAGAACCAAGAGUGUGCCUUCUUCCAAACAUCUGAAGUUCUUGAAGACCAGGUUUAGACCACUAAUGUCCACACUGACUGACUGGAGCUCUUACUACUGUCUAACUAUAGAUUUGAUUUAUACAAUGUAUUUAUUUCAAUGGAAUUACACUAUUAACCAGUUCACUUAUAGACCAUUUACAUUUGAAUUAAUAAAACAAACAUGAAAACAUGACAAAUCAUACCAAAAAUGUAAAUGAAGAACACAAUAAACAAAGAGUGAGAAAUAAUUAAUUUAGUAUAACAUAGUAAUACCCUUUAAUUAUUACCACUAGUGACUGUAGGCCUAAGUGACUAUCUUCUUGAAUGAAGUUGGAAGUUUAGUUUAAACACUAUUAAACAGCACUAAAAUGGCAUUUGAUAUGUUUACAGAAAGACUGCACUAAGAUGUUUAUAUGUGCCCUGAAAAAAAGUUUUUUUUGGAAAAAAUUGUCUUAAUUGUUAGUAAGUAUAUAUUUUUAAUAAAGACAUAAAACUGAUAUAACUGUCAUUUAUAAAUAAGUAAAUCUUAACUAAAUCUAAUAAUAAUAGCAAAACUCUUAUAUAUAUAUAAAAAAAAAACUUUUCAAUACCAUUUUUUUCAAUACAAAGUUCCAAAAAGCCUUUUAUGUUAUUAUGUGUAUGCACUGAUGUUGUUCAUCAUCGUUGUAAAUACUGAGAAAACAAUAUAUAGUGCAGGCCAAAAGUUUGGACACACCUUCUCAUUCAAUGCGUUUUCUUUAUUUUUGUGACUAUUUACAUUGUAGAUUCUCACUGAAGGCAUCAAAACUAUGAAUGAACACAUGGAUCCAUUGAUGGAAUAACCUGGUCUAUAUUCAGUAUAUAUUCAGGAAGUCAGCUGACCUCAUUCUUUCAGCACAUACUGUUGCUGAACCUAAACCUGCAGACCAACUGCAGCAUCAACCAACCAACCCCACAUCAUUUACUUACUUAAAUCCAGGUGGAGAUUUUUUUGGGGUAUGCAGUGUAUUUUGUAUAAUAUUUUAAAUACAAGUUUACAGACAAUAUACUCUAUGUAAACAUAAUAAGAAGCUGUGGCCCUCAUAUUAACAAGGCAUGCUUCACAAUUUAAAUCCACCAUCUGAGCUUCUCAUCAACAUCAGGUGGUCAAAAGCUCCCAAAACCAAAUGCCAAAUGUGAACUAGUUUCAGAAAGCCUUUCACAUUGCAUCAAACAUUUGGCCAAACAACUCCACAUUUCAGUUCAAGUUCCGAAAGAGAGAGAGAGAGAGAGAGAGAGAGAGUGUGUGAGAGAGAGAGAGAGCAAGUGCAGCAUUUCAGCGUGCCAAAAACACUGUCCUAUCUGGCAACCCUGAAAAAAGCUUCUCUAGCUCAAUUCCACCCUGUAGUAAAGAGCAUAUCAUCUGUAAUACUACCUCUUGAGCAACUCCUCAGUUUUGACAGGAACAUCUCCAUUCAGAUGGUCAUGAAUUAUUUGAUGUUGUCAUCUUUUUGAAAGCUGCACCCUGCAGAAAUAAACAUGUCAGAGUUUGAGUUGUCUGAUUAUUAACCUUUCUUAAAAGUUAGGAGUUGCUUCAUGAUGUUUUACAAUGUUUUAUAAUGCUAAUUAAAUGUAUUUACAAUAUACAAGGUCAUGGAAACAUUGGAUUGUAUUGGAUUGUUAUUUUUCUGGGGCAGAAUGAGGUCAAAUUUAUAGCUUCUUUGUUCACCCUGCUCACAAGUGAUGCUUUCAACUUGUGUGUUAAACUUGGUGGUGGUAGCAUUAGAUGUGCUUAGAUGCAGUUUUGCUGUAGGUGUAUAUUAACCUUUAUUAAAAGUUAAGAGUUGCUUCAUAUCUUUUUAUAAUGUUUUAUAAUACUAAUUAAAUAUAUUUACAAUAUACAAGGUCAUGGCGAUGUUGGAUUGGAUUGGAUUGUUCUUUUUCUGGGGCAGAACGAGGUCAAAUUCAUAGGUUCUCUGUUCAUCCUGCUCACAAGUAAUGCAUUCAACUCUGAAUACACUGUAUCAACUGUUAAACUUGGUGGUGGUAGCAUUAGAUGUGCUCAAGAUGCAGUUUUGCUGUAAGUGUAUAUUAACCUUGCUUAAAAGUUGAGAGUUGCUUCAUGACGUUUUAUAAUCUUUUUAUAAUGCUAAUUAAAUGUAAUUACAAUAUACAAUGUCAUGGCAAUAGUGCAUUGUAUUGGAUUGUUCUUUUUCUGCUGCAGAAUGAGGUCAAAUUCAUAGUUUUUCUGUUCACUCUGCUCACAAGUGAUGCCUUCAACUUCAAAAACACUGUAUCAACUGUUAAACUUGGUGGUGGUAGCAUUAGAUGCUCAUAUGCAGUUUUGCUGUUACUGUAUAUGUGGGUGUGUGGUGCAAAUGUAAGGACAAUUCGAUGUUUGUAAUUAAUGUGUAAUUUUAUUUCAUUAAAACAUACAAACCAAGAGGUCUGGCACAGGCCUGUAA